ACUUCACGCUUGUAUACUACUCCUAAUCAGAAGUAACGAAAAGGAACACUUGGGGCAAUUGAACAGUCAUAAGUGAGGUGAAAACCCUCUCAGGAACAGGCUGUGCCCUCUCAAGUUGUUUAUUGUUUACUCAACGGUCAGUUGUACCUUCUCAAUAGCGAUACCGUUUGUAAACACGUUCAGCUGUCAUGCUGUUAAUGGUCCUCAUAACUGAUGACUCUAUAUACAGUCAGAUUCAGGAUUUUCACAAAGUUAAUGCUAAAGGGAAAACAAGCAACGUACUACCAAAUGUCCAUAUGGUACAAAGCCUAUUUGGAGUGUUACUAUACUGAAUGAAUGAGAUAUAUUUAUUGUACAUUUAUGCUCUUAAAAGCUAAGUACAGCUAAUUUACAGAGAUAUCACACUGUACAUACUCAUGUGUACUACUACUACUUAGUACCUACCGGCGUGAAAGUAGUCAGUGACCUGUGUAUCUAAUUUUUCGUAUGUUCAUUUUCAACAGAAUUUUGUGCAAGGCGGCGUAAAACAACGCACCAUGAAACUUUGAAAGAAAAUUGUUAGCUGAAUAAGAAAAUCUGGACACUACAGUAUGGCAAAGGAGAGCACCAUUUCCUUCCCCGAUCUCCUGUCUCGUGUCGCGUCGGACCUGGAAGUCGGGCAUGCCGAACACGUCCGACUGUUGUGCGAAGAAUAUUUCCCCGAAGAAACCCGACUGGUCCCGAACGUGGCCCCACCCACGGCGGAGUUUUUGAUUGACGUCCUCGUGUCACGACAGCUGGUGACCGAGACGGACCUGAGUCUGCUGGUGGAGAUCCUAGUGUCGUGUCAGAGGCACCAGACGUUAGAGGACGAGGUGCUUCCGUUUGCAGAGAGGAAAGCGGGAGAGUUGAAGGGCUCUGUGAAACAAGAAGGACCGGGCUUGAAGCGCCUUUCCCACCCGAAGUUUGAGAAGCUCCGCCGGUACCUGGAGCUGACCCGUCCGUCUGUGUACUAUCUGUACGACAGGUACAGGCGGAGGUACCUACAGGACGACACGAUGUUAGACGCCUUUUGUUACGUCUUAGGGGACACUUUCAGACGGUACCUGGUGAUAUCCAAGACGUUUUUCCACGGCGCAAGGAACGGAGACUGUGCUCUGGUGGAGCGGUACCACGAGCUGUUAGCCAACGUCAACGCCAAGGAACACGACGGAAACACGGCCCUGCAUAUGGCUGCUGCCAAAGGUCAUGUAGAUGUCGCCGCUAAACUUCUGUCGUUACUGGCCGACGUGGACAUUACCAAUGAUUUCGGAGACACCCCUCUGCACCAUACAGGCACUAAAGGUCACCCGGAAGUCGCAAAGAUCUUGAUCGAAUACGCCGCCUAUGUUAACAUCAGGAACGAGGACGACGACACGCCCCUUCACUGUGCUGCCCGUACUGGGCAUGCGUCUGUGGUAGCAGUGCUGUGCGAGAACAGGGCUCUCCGAAACCCCGUCAACAAGAACGGAGAUUAUCCCCUACAUCUGGCUACAGAAUGGGACCAAUUCUUCGCGCUUAGAGAACUACUGAGACAUGGCGCGGAUGCAAAUACUACAAACAAGGACCAGGACACAGCUCUUCACUUAGCAGCCUGCCUGGGUCACGUGGCACAUGUAGAACGGCUGCUCUGUUACCGGGCAAACAUACAGGCUAAAAACAAGUUUGGGAAAAUUCCGAUAGAGUUGGCACGGAACAUGAAGGCGUCUGAGCCCGAGAACACAGCUCACUCCGAGACCAUCUUCCUGUUGGAGAAGGCGGAGGAAGACAUCGAACAGUUCACCCCUGAGGUAGAGUCGACUCUGCACUUCGCGGCGUUCUACGGUCUGGAGACGCUGGUCAGGAACCUGGUGCUGAAGGACAGGGCAAACGUCAACGCACAGGGCGCUCAGAAGAGUGGUGAUUCUGCUUUACACGCAGCAUCGCUAGGAGGCCACACCUCAUGUGCAAAGAUCCUGGUAGAAAAUGAUGCAGACAUCAACAUCAGAAACAAGAUAGGUGACAGUCCUCUACACCACGCCGCCGCAAGAGGGCGCACCGACACGGCGUUCUACCUCAUCCAAAACGGUGCCGACCUCGAUGCUUUAAACGAGGCUGGGGAAACCCCGCUCCACCAUGCUGGGCUGUACGGACAUUCUCACACGGCCGCUCUGCUGGUGCAACAAGGCGCAGAUAUCCUCAUCCAAAGCAAGGUACCGGUACCGGGACAGAGAUAA